AUGAACAUCGCAAUCGCAAACAUUGCACCAACCCGCCUUAAGCAGGGCAGCGGCGAGGCAGUUUUGGCUGUUCUCUCUGCUCUUGUGAAUGCAGCGCUCUCUAGCACUGGCUACGGUUUUCAGCCGAUUGAUUACGGGCAGGUAGAGCGUUACGAUGAGCUGGCCACCGUCGCAGACGCCGAGGACGAGCAGGGUGAGGACGAGAUUGAGGAUAACGUCGUCAUAGACAGCGACGACGACGACGAGGUUUAUGUGCGCGCUGUUAGUGGGAAUCGAGCCGCCAAAAGUGACGCAGAUCGUCCUCCAACGCCCAAGGUAGAUGUCGAAGAGUGGAAGAUGGAGGUAGAGCGUGUUGCCCCGCUGCUUCAGGUGCGCCAAUCCUCCCUGGAUGACUGGCGCUCGCGUAUCGAGAGCGCCACGGUUUUGCUCAAAGCUGUAGAGAACAUGUACCCCGAUGUCAAGCAGAUGCUCGAGCGCCUUGCUGGUGAUAUGGAUAAGUCACGCGACCGGAUACAAAAGCGGGAACAAACGCUGGCACAGCAGUUUUCUGAUCAGGUGGAGGAUUACCGCGUGAAGUUGCGUGAGCUCAACACCUCGCGUGAUUCAGCUAACGUGGCGCAGCAAACCGUGCAGCAGAUGACAGCGGAGCUGAACCAGAUCAGUGAACUUCUGGACCAGACGAAGCGCGAUAUUGCGGAAAGGCAGGCCAAGAUAUCUGAUACGACUCCACUCAUUCAGGUGAAGGAAGCGGUCGUCAAGGUACAGGCCGAGAUCAAACUCAUGUCCUUGCGGAUUGGCAUUCUUCAGAAUGGCGUUUUGCAGCACGUUAUGAAACAAACCAAGGCUCGGCGUGAGGGACCAACUGUAGAGGGCAAAGAGAUGUACAGCGGCGAGAUCAUGUUUUCUUAA